CUUCCCCUCCAGCCGCCGCGCGCGAAGGCCUCGCGGCCCGCCUGAGGAGCCGCCGCCGCCGCCUUCGGCCUCCGGAGCCCGCGCGAUGCUGUGGCGCCUGCUGAGCCGCCUGGGACGGGCCGGGAGGCUCCCCGGAGCAGGAGGAGGAGGAGGAGGAGAAGCCGCCGCCGGGCCCAGGCCCCGCCCCGAAGCCCCCGCCCGGCCCGCCGAGCCGCCGCCGCCGCUGCAGGAGACGCGCCCCAGGCAUGGCAGGGGGGAACAUCAGCAGCGCCAGGAUGGAUGUGGGAACCUUUUACGUCACUGCACCUCUUUGGAUGCUUUCACCUGGGGUGUCCUGGCUGUUCUUUCUCUGGAGUUGGCCAAGCAGGUCAAAUGGCUAAAUUCUGCACAGCCAAGUGGAAGGCGUGCCAGGUUUUGCCAACUAGAGGGUUGCCUUGCUGUUUUGCCCCCACAUCAGCACUCAGUCCCCCCUGCGUCUGCAUCAGCCCCUUUCAGUGGAGAGAAGAAACCACACUUCUUUCUGGGAUCAGAUACUGGACUUGAACCGGAGAAUCAGUCUCCUAGCAAAACAUCGUGGUCUGAAGAAUACCCAGUACAGUCAGAAACAGAGGACUGCCCAUCCGAGACAAGCCCCAAGCCAGCCUCGGUUUCGCUGCAUUCACAGGACAGCCUAGAGCAGCAGAAGUCCUUCAGGGAAGCAGCUUCUCGGGUGCAGCAGGCGUUCCAAACCAGCAUUUCCGUGGCAUUCAACAUCCUCGGGCUUGAACAUCUGCAGAAGCGGCAACACGCAAUGGCCUUUUCCUUCUUCAAGCUGGCUGCUGACCAGAAUUACAGCAAAGCCCAGUUCAACGUGGGGUUGUGCUAUGAACACGGAAGAGGCACUGAGAAGGACAUGGCGAAGGCAGUCCUGUACUAUCAGCGGGCAGCUUGCCAGGGACACACUAUGGCCCAGUACCGCUAUGCGAAGUGGCUUCUCCGGUGCUGGCCCCAAGUGGAUGAAGGCAGCAGCAUACAGGAGGCCGUGGAGUUGCUGGGCCAGGCAGCUGCUGCAGGGCUAACCCAGGCACAAGUUUAUCUUGGUGUGCUCUGUCUGAAGGGCCUGAAGACCGGCAGGCAAACUACACUGAAAUACUCACACGUGACAGCCGAGAGUGAGGAGUCCUUGAGCGAGUUCGCUUUGGGCAUCUGCUGUGAAAAGGACCGUGGAUCCCCCCAGAACCUAUGGGCAGCCGGGAAGCACAACCAGGAAGUGGAAGUUGCAGUCUCUAAGCCUGCCCACGAGCAGAGGACAGUAACGGUGCAGCAAGAGUCAGGCAUACAGAGCCAGCACCGAGUACCUGUAGCCCCGAGACCAUUCUUCUCCAGCCCCUGUCUUCAGCGCCUGAGUCAGCUGCCAGUUUCUCGUGCGGGACGGCCAGUUCUGGACCUGAUUCACUCCCAGAGCACAGGAAACCUCAGAGAUACGGCCUGCCCGCUGCCUCCAGCCUUCCCCCAUUGCUUCUCCCUCAGCCUACAGCCUUUGGCCUGGUCUCCAGGAAUAGCAAUUGGCUGAUGUGGCUAAUUGGAAGAGCUUCUCCUGCUAGCACUGGAGGCUGACAGCAAGGUCCUGCCAACUUUUCAAGUGCCCCCUCCUCCUCGUUUAAUCCCCCCCUCCCCCAUUGCCACUAGGGACCUAUAUAACAAUGGAUGUUGCAGCCAAAUAAAGAAGCUCUAAUAAGUUA